CCGAUUGUUUUUGUGAAAUGCAUCAUGGAACCAUGAAAGCCGUGGUCCGUCGUCGAGACUCGAGAUGCCGCAAAGGUUUCUGGGUAUGCAGAGGGAGCCAUAUUUUUCCAAUAUCAGUUACGUGAAAAUACAGCGGAGGGAAAGCAUCUGCGGGAUGGAAUUUUUAUUGGUAUUGACGAAAUAGAGUGGAUUUUCAGGGUGAAAAUCGUGCGCGUGUUUCGAUCUGCAGGGUCAGAUUUGUCGCGCGUAAAGUGAUUGUUUUUUUUUCCAUUAUAAUAAUUAAUAUCGUUACGUUAGUGUUUUGUUCCACGAUUAAGGUGAAGUUUUAGUGAAAACAUUGGUUCGGGACCGCGCAGGUGUUGGAAGUUGUUUCGGCGACGGGGUUAACUUAACCGUGUUUCACAGUGUUUCGUGAACGCGUAACGUAGCGCGACGUAACCGUAAUGUAACGGUGAUGACAUCGAUGUCAUAACAAUAUCAAUUAGUUAACAUAUUUUGUGCCCUAAUUAUAUCACGAUCCUGCACGUAUACCGAUACGUGUAUACAUGUAUAUACAUACAUAUACAAUAUACGUAUAUUGUAUAUUAUAACCACGGUGUGUAAAGAUUAUAUAUCCGUAGUGUGCAAGUGCAGCUCCUACUGGUCAGGGUUAAUAGAGUGCCAGUGCCGCUAUUGGAUUAUUUUCGUGUGUGAUGUCAACUGGAUUCAGUCGUUGUCUAGUUCGUACAUAUGCAUCAAAUGCGCAAUUCAGAGGAUGCCGCAGAGACUAGAGGAGUGUCGGAGGCGUGCGCUGUGUAUACCAGUAAUGUUGGUGGCGCGGCGCCCUACACUGCUGGACCUGGACCAUGGCCGGCAAGCCUGAGCAGAUCCCGUCUCACCCUGUUCCCUCCCAUCGCAACAAUCAGCACCAAUCGUCACUGCCAAAUAUACAGCAAAACAGUCUUCUAGUCUACGUUUCUGGCGAUAACUUUGCCUAUGCCACAGCGGUAGGUCAGAAUCCUUCCGUUGGCUACCAGCAGGGAUCCUACCACAAUGCCUUGGUCCAAUCGCAGGGACAAGUUUAUCCAGCUAAAACUUACCCGGGUAAAAAUAUCACCAAGCAAAUAAAUUUGAUUGGAAACAAUGCCCUGUCGGAACACGAAGAAGGUAUCUCCAGAUCUCAAUCGUACUCCAUUGUCGACAGAGCCAACGACGAAAACAGGCAGAGACCGAUACCGAUACUUGCGACCAAUGGGACAGCUUACGAUCAAGCAGCCCUGACCAACGGUCAUCGUUUGACGAGCCAUGGGAACGGGGCAGAGGACAGUCUGGCGGACACGAAUAGUAACAAAAGUCCAGAACUAAGCGGCAGCGAAGACCCGUUGGGAAAAGCGACGAGUUCCGAUGAACAGCGGAAAGUAUUUUCUAUGAGGGCGCCCCACAGGGUCAGCGGGGAGGCAUGCAAUGCCGCCUACCCCGUGGCACAAUUGCCCGACGGGUACUUGCCGCCGGGUAAACUUGCCACAGCGUCAGGGGAGACGUGCUCAAGUGUCGUCAAUGAGACUACUCCUAUUACUUUUGUUCAGCAUACCGGCGAAGAUGUUUAUUCUCCAAGCAGUUUAGUGAACGACCAUCGAGCCAUCGGUGUUAAGUGCGAGUUGAAUUCAAAUUCGAAUUCAAAUUCAAAUUCAAAUUCAAAUUCAAAUUCUCUUUCGAAUCAGACAUUAGAUUCUUGUCUGGAUAAUCAGAUCAGCUUGGGGAGCAUUGGGCGGUGUGAUUCUGUGCGAUCGGACACGGCGGAAUCUACUUACAGCAGUUUAAGUAGCCCCGAAAGUCACAGCCAGUCACAGGAAUCCCUGUCAUUAAAUUCGUGUCCACAGCAGGCUGUGAGAUCAUUGUUGCCGAACAACGUGCAGCAUCAUGUUGUGUUGAAUAUGAACAGUAGUGCCGUGAAUCAUCAGCAACAACAAACAUCAGUUUCUGUUCCUCAGGGGUGGAAGAGGAUAUGCACUAACGGUGUCAUCAUAUAUAUCAGUCCAAGCAAUACGGCGCUGGGUUCGCUGGACCAGCUGAAAGAGUACCUGACAACCGCGGGAACCUGCAAGUGCGGCCUGGAGUGUCCGCUAAGGCCGGAGCUGGUUUUCAACUUCGACCCCAAGGUUGCUACGCGACCUUGGUGCCCGGACCAGGGUAAAACCAGAGAGAUGACAAAGCUCUGCAACCAUAAGAGGAAAUUGCUGCUCCCCGCUGCUGCCGCGAGUCCCGUCGCCUCCUCGACCGUCUCCUGCGUCCCGGCGCCUCCAGCCUCGCCGUCGCCUACCUCAUCCGACAAGUCCAAAAAAGACGGCCUCAGUAAGAGGAAGAAGCGAAAGUUGGCAAGUGCAGGAGGACUGUACUCUGGUGUUUCGGUUUCUCAACUGCUGGUGCAGCGGGAACGUGCCCUGGUAGCUUCUACAGGGAACGGCGUACAAGGCUCUCCAGUUUCCAACAAUCCACAGGUAUGGCCACCGAUCGCAAUACCGAAUCUGCAGAUUCAGCAGAAUAACCAAUCGAUCAAUCACCAACCUCUGAACUCUCCAUCGCAGAGUCAGGACGUCACCGGCGCCGCGGCGGCUCGCACGCCUCAGCAGAGAUUGGGUCAACAUGGGAUGGCUGGGAUGGUGGUGGGCAAUCCUUUGAUAAUGAAUCAGCAAGGGAACAAUUUGAAGAAUAUGACGCAGCAACAACAACAGAUACUUCAGCAGCAGCAUCAGCAACAAUUGAUACUACAGCAACAACAACAGCAGCUAAUGCAACAACACAUAUCUCAGCAACAGCAACAACAACAGCAACAGCAAAUAUUACACCAUCAUCAACAAAUGCAGCACAUGCAAAUACUUCAUCAACAGCAGCAACAACAACAGCAGCAGCAACAACAGCAUCAGCAGCAACAUCAGCAACAUCAACAACCGCAGCAACAACAAGGUGUUGUCAAUAACCAAAUAUCGCAGCAGCAGUUGCCCACAUAUAUCAAUCACUUGAACCAACAGUCUUUGCAUGUGAUGCAACAACAGCAUAUUAGUCAGCAGCAACAACAGCAGCAGCAACUACAACAGCAGCUUCACCUGCAGCAGCUACAAAAACACAACAUGAGUAUACAGCAGCAACAGCAACAACACAUUGCCCAAGGCUCGGAGCAGGCACAAACAACGGGCAAUUACGGAGCUCAGAAUCAGUCUGAUGGGUUUUUACAUCACAUAACAUCACCUCAAAACCCGGCACAGACGCAGCUUCACCCCCAGCUGCAGCAACUCCAUCAACAUCAAAUGCAACAGCUACAGCAACACCAGCACCAGCAACAGCAACAACCACCUCAGCAUUUGAUGCAGCCCCAGGCACCUGAGAAUUUUCAAAUGCAAAUUCAUCAACAACAACAACAGCAGCAGCAGCAACAAAUUCCGCAGGCAUGCGCGCAGCCUCAGUAUCCAAAUCAAGCAUCGCAGUCAACUAAUCACCUGAAUGGACAGGUCUUGAACGUUAUGCAACAGUCGAACGUCGGUGCGGUUGCCAAUGGUGUUAAUAGUGGAGAGUCUCAAAAUCGGCAAAACAGACCGCCAACGAUCAGCGACGAGGACAUGAAUGGCAAACAAAUUCCGCAUCAGCAUCAUCCAAUGCACAGUCACGUAUUGCAGCGACAUCAUGUUCUGCAAAAUUGUAACUUGAUAUCUAAUGGCGUACCCACGGAAAACAUGCAACGAAUUUACCCGCAGCAUCAAGUACCGUAUCCGCUGAGACACUUUGAUUCAACGAAGGGUGUCGGAAUGGAUCCAAAGCCAGUACAUCAACAAUUCACCAAUGUGAAUAACCCUGGUAGAAGUCCCAGUGGUAAUCAUGGUGCGGAAGCUCAGGUGGGCCUUGGCUCAAACGGACAGACGGUCGGCGCACAAUUUAAUCCGAGAGGCCCACCAUGGCAGCAGAAUAGAACAGUCGUAGCGGCGCAUCAGUCGCCGCCUGUUUCUGUUCAGAACAAUUUGGUUUGCAAUACGUUUGAUCGAGUUCCACCCCUACAUCAUCAUAUACCACCAACACCUGCUUGGACUGAUGAACUUGCUCGGAAAAAAGCUAAAGCGAAUAAAUCGUUUGGUAAGAAACGACCCCACCAUUCAGUGGAAAUGAAGAUUGCCCCUGUUGAUCAGUCAAAUCUUAGUUCCGGAGAUGCUUACACUGAAAAAGCGCAGUCGAGUAAUCAAAUUGGUUCAACAGUCGCAAGUACCGGUCCUUCUUUUCUGGAGGAUCCUAGCGGAUACCUGGCUCAACAAACAGCGCUUCUGAACAGUACAAUUUCGAGACAAACUGGUGUCAGUAGCUCUCACAUGACGAUACUGAACAGUUCGAAAGUAUCUCAGAAUACACACAGUGCGCACGUGCCUGGUAAUAACGCUUAUCUUCCACAACCAAAGCCUUCCUCGGUACCAAGCCCCAUCAACUCUUCCAUCUGCAAUAAUUCUGUUAAGAAUCACGCUACUUCUCCGAUAGUUGUUCACAGCAGUAUGACGCCUACCCCGAUGAAUAAUGUCACGGUUCCUGAGCACAGCCCUUGCCAAGGUUGCGUUUCCAGUGGCGAUACGCAAUCAUAUGCACAGGAUCAAUACAAACCCCAAUUUCACCGUCAAUAUGUCGUACAGCCUGAUCAACGCGACGAUCCGGUGACUUCAUCAACUUUCGUUGGGGACAAGCUGCCGACCAGUCAGCAAAUUGAUUCAAGGCCAAUUCAAGGAGGAACUGUUAGUACCAGUCAUGGAUCACCCGUGGGCAAUCAUAGCCCCGCGAAUUCCGAGACGCCGGCAUCUUCGACAUCGGGUAUGUCACAACCAACAACACCGCAGAGUCUCAUAUCGUCGCAACCUUCAACACCCCACAGUUACUCGCAACCUCCGACACCUCAUUCUCAUCAAACACCCGGGCACACUUCUUCUCAGCUAUCUACGUCUCAGAGUCAGCAACCUACUCAGUCGUCCUCAUCUUCAACGGUGGCGUCAUCCCCGUUAUCUGCAUCACAGGAGCAACGAUCCGCAACACCUACAUGUUCAACUAUGGCACCGUCUAGCACGGUUCCCCCUAGCGCUUCCCCGCAGAUCGAAAUCCCCGUUCAAGUCUCUGAAACUUUGGCACAGAGUUCUACCCAUUUGACAAAACGGCAAGUGUCGACAGGUCUUAGACAAUCGGCUAUCGACGGCUAUCAACCCCAUCCUCAUACCAUUAACGUCGUAUCACGUGGAUCGUUCACUCCUUAUAGUGGCGCGUCAUCAGUAAUAACGACUAUGGCUAGUGGCCAUACCGCAAGUAGCAAUACAAUUACAUCCGUGCUCGCGGGAAGAGCCAACACCGCAACGGUAUCAAUUAAUGCACCAUCUGUAUUGCCCAAUUCUGCUGUACCUAAUAUACUCGUUUCCAGCAAGAAUCAACUUCAGAAUCAAUCUACCGUAUCACCUUCGAAUACGCAUGUGUCUUCGGCAACUUUACAUCACUCCAGCUCCAGUCCGAUUGUUUAUAGUCAACCAACGACUGUCAGCGUGUCGAAAUCUCCAUUGGAAAUGGUUCAAAGCGUGGUUAGCAGCAUUCAGGUACCUCAGGGUACAUCUUGUUCACAAGCACAGCCGCAAACGCAUCAACAGAGCCAUCCCCAGUCAAACGUUCAAGUCCAUAAUGUCAUUCAUACGUCGGCUGGCGUGCUUAAGCAUUCACCUGGAAAUACCUUACCACCAGGUCACAUUUUGGUUUCGAGCGGUGGACAGCUGAUAAUGGCGAGUACAGGAUCUGGAAUAAGUGGAGUUAUGGCACCUCCACCACCCAAACUGAUAUCGAAUGCGAGUUCGAUGCCACCAAUGUCGGUCUCACCUAUGGUGACGAGUGUGACGGGAGCUGUUAGUCAAGUUAUUCCAGCAGUGGGAGUCGCUCAGCAAGUGAUUGGACAACCGACCGUACUUGUUAAUACAAUUCAGACGCCACUGCUCAUUCAACCAAGUGUAGUGACAAUGGAUGGUAUAGGGCAGAACGUUCAAAUCCCACACCUCACUGUCGCCACUGGAAACGUUUUGCAAAAUGCUCAAUCAAUAAUAGAAGCUAAUCAAGACGUUGCGAGAAAUGUUAAUGCUAAUUCAGCUGUUGUUAAUCGACAACCAGCACUGCUAUCUCCGGAAUCUGCGAUUACUAAGAAAAAGGCAUACAAAAAAAGAAAGGGAAAUUCUCAAACUGUGGCUUCUAUGCUUCACAUCUCAUCUUCACAGCAAAAUACAGGAAUGCUGAUGCAAUCGCAGUCUAAUUUUGCUCAACAAAAUUUCCAAACUCAAAGCAUAGGAGGUCCAAUGCUACAAGCUCUCACAAUUGUUCCAGGGAAAGGCGGUGCUCCAGCUCAGCUUGUGAUGAAUGGUCAAGCAGGAACGGCAUCAACACAGUUUAAUACACAGCAAAUAAUUACUAAUCCUCAACCAACUCAGCAAAUCAAUUUAUUACAGCCGGUUAAUCUAUUGAAUGGAGCUACAGGAAUGAUGCAGAAUUUCCCUACAAUUCAACAGUUUAUUGUACCAGGAAUCGGUAGCAUGGUCAUGUCAGCUGACGGUACAGCGACGCUACUGCAAGAUAAUAACUUGGGAAUGCAAUUGCAAAUACAGAAUGUAAACGGGCAGAAUGUACUGACUCCGGUUCAAAGUCACGGUGGAAUAUUUAGCCCAGGACAGAGUAUUUUAGCUGCUGGGCCUGCUGGGAUGGUGAUUCGAGCACCACAAGCAACAAGUGGAAAAAUCAUUCAACAGCACAGUCCAGGCGCCCAAUUCUUGUCGCCGAACAGUGGGCAGUUCCUUGUUAAUGGUACUACUUCGUUCGGCAAUCAGCUGAGUCCGAUUGUAGCUAAUGUUAGUCCAAACCAACAAGUAACAUUUAACACAUCUCAAGUUCGUCCUUCCAAUGUUCAAGGCCAGCAGGAGUUCAUCCAGAUGAAUGGACAAACGCUAAUGGUACCCUGCACUCCGGCAUCUAACAUAGCUGUUUCUUCUGCUUCCAAUCAGCAAAAUACAACUUUCGUGCAGCAGAAUACAACAAUUGUACAACAGCAAACUACCAUGGUGUCAAACAAUCAAAUACCGAAUUUCCAGUCUGCAAAUACUAACAACGCUGCUAACAUAGAUUCUUCGCUAAAUUUAGACCAGCAUCAAUCGUAUAUCCUUAGUGGUGGCCUUGUUCAGGCAAAGUCACCCUCGUCUCCAAAAAGUACAGCCAGUUCGCCACGCUGCGAACAAAAUAUAGAGCAGCAACAAUAUGUUUUAACAAGUACUAGUACUCCUGUUGUUGAAAAAACAGCUCAACAAAACAGUCAGCAUAGUCCGUUAAUGGCAAGGCAUUCAGUAUCCACGCAGACAGCAGGAAACCAAGCGAAUGUUGCACAAUCCACGUUGAUGCGCCAAGGAUCACCACCGGACACGACGACACAUAGUCCUGGAAAUAGCCAGCGUUCUAGUAGCCCUGCAGUGGAUACUACAACUCAUGGCGCAGCAUCCCCAGCACCAUCUAUGGGAACAAGGCACCAUUCGUCUUCGACGCCGAUGGUUCACUGCGUGUCGAGUAGUGAACCUGACUCUGGUGAUACCCAAAUAGUGACUGAGGAUUGGCGAGUUCACGGAUUAGCGACGAAAGAAGUGAUGAUCGGACCACCUGGACACCACGGAAAAACUUACGUAGAGUCAACGGUGACAACUGGGAUCCAGAUCUAUGCGUCAGAGACGUUGAAGCAGGCCGAAGGGGUGGUGAGCUCGGCAAGGUGCGAGGGCGCGGAACAUGCCCUCGGCCGUGGGAUCAAGCGAAAACUGGACUCCGUCCACUCCAUGCACUCCACUCUGCAUGAAGACCAGGAUGUAACCGAGGAUCAAAGGGAAGCUGGAAAUUCGUGGAAACUUGAGGUUGGUGAGCUAGUGUGGGGCGCAGCUCGGGGGAGUCCAGCUUGGCCUGGAAAAGUCGAGUCCUUGGGACCCCCGGGCAGCUUGCGCGUUUCGGUGCGUUGGUAUGGGGGCAGUGGAACGCUCACCCAGGUCGAUGCUACUUCCCUCAAAUCUCUCUCCGAUGGCCUCGAGGCACACCACCGUGCCAGAAAAAAGUUUAGGAAAAGUCGUAAAUUAAAUAUGCAACUGGAAAAUGCUAUUCAGGAAGCAAUGGCCGAGUUGGAUAGAAUAAGCGAAUCUCAGUCAAUAGUGAAGAGUACGACACGGAAGUGCAACAGACAAAGCGUAGCAUCGAAGGCGACAGGAUCGCUCAAGUCUGAUUCUAAGAAAGUACAGAAAAGAAAAGAUACAAAGUCAACAGAGACUGCAAAAGCAAAACAUCAUAACCGGUGAUGCAUGGAGACUGUUGGUAACUCUAAUUUUCAAAAACAAAGUGGAUGGUAUGUAGUGUAUCUGUAACGAUUAUUUAUAAAUGUAAUUAAUAAGCAGCAUCAAGGAUUAGCUAGAAUUGUAUAUAUACUUGCCUAAUAUAAUGAGAAUUCUGAUUGCAUAAUAGGUAAAGAAUGCUCAUAAAAAAUAUUUAAAAAAAUGAAAUAAUUAAUGAGUGUCAAAACACAGUGAUAUUAGUAUCUUGGAAUCAUUUAGUUUUCUGCAAAUAUUUGUCUCUGGAUAUUUUUCUUCCACUUAUAAUUUUCAUUGUUAGUUUCUUUAUUAUUAUUGUGGUUAUAAUUGGUAGUUAAUUUAGCUAUAUUGAUUGUGCUUCAUGAAUUUGUACAUUGUUUAUAUGUAAAAACUUAGCUUUAUGACAACAACAACAACAACAGCAACAA